AUGACAUGUAUAAACAUAGCAAGGGAAAAGCUAAAUGAUGAUUCAAGUUGGGUUGUUGAUAGCAAUGUAACUUUGAUAUCCGAAGAUGUUCAUCAUGCGUCAAGCUCAACUAAAAAGUUUUUAGAGCCCGCUCAAGUGCGUGGUAAAGGUCGCCCGCCAUCAAAAAGGAAGCAAUCCACAUUAGAGAAAAAUGUGAAGAAAAGAAGAAAGAAAAAUGUAUCUGAUGGGAAUGAAGACACAAAUGGUAAAUAUGCAAAAACCAAUGUUGAUGGUAGCUCGUGUAUGGCAAAUUACAGUUUUGAUCUUAAUAAACAUUAUGUAUCACCUUUCUUUCCUACACACCUUCAAAACACAGCCCCAAAAAACAUGGAACAAACAGAUUGUAACAAAGAUGCCACCCUUGGAUGCCAUCUAGCCCGUCGUCUAGUUGAGAUAGGUGUGACCGACAUCUUCACGGUCCCUGGUGACUUCAACCUCACCCUCCUUGACCACCUUAUUGCCGAGCCUCGUCUUAAAAACAUUGGUUGUUGUAAUGAGCUCAAUGCAGGCUAUGCUGCUGAUGGAUAUGCACGUGCACGUGGUGCUGCUGCGUGUGUUGUCACGUUUACAGUUGGUGGGCUGAGUGUAAUUAAUGCUAUCGCGGGUGCUUAUAGUGAGAAUCUGCCUGUGAUUUGUAUUGUUGGUGGCCCGAAUUCUAAUGACUUUGGGACGAAUAGGAUCCUUCAUCAUACUAUUGGGAUACCAGAUUUUAGCCAGGAAAUGAGGUGUUUUAGUACUGUUACUUGCCACCAGGCUGUGAUUAGCCAUUUAGAAGAUGCUCAUGAACAAAUCGAUAGGGCAGUAUCAACCGCCCUCAGAGAGAGCAAGCCUGUUUAUAUCAGUGUCAGUUGCAACUUACCUGGGAUUCCUCACCCUACAUUUAGCCACGAACCAAUUCCUUUUUCAAUCAUUCCACGCAUGAGUAACAAGUCAGGGUUAGAGGCUGCAGUGGAGGCAGCAGCUGCCUUCCUGGACAAGGCGGUAAAACCAGUAUUAAUUGGUGGCCCGAAACUCCGAGUAGCAAAGGCUACACAAGCAUUCGUAGAACUUGCUGAUGCAAGUGGUUAUGCGGUUGCUGUGAUGCCCUCAGGUAAAGGCAUGGUCCCGGAGCACCAUGAGCACUUUAUUGGGACAUACUGGGGAGCAGUCGGGACUGCAUUCUGUGGUGAGAUCGUGGACUCUGCAGAUGCUUAUCUGUUUGCAGGGCCGAUUUUUAAUGACUACAGUUCAGUUGGCUACUCCUUACUGCUCAAAAAGGAAAAAACUAUUAUCGUGCAGCCCGAUCGUGUGGUCAUUGGAAAUGGUCCUGCUUUCGGGUGUGUAUUGAUGAAAGAUUUUCUUGAAGAGCUCGCAAAAGUAAUCCAGAAAAAUACUACAGCUUAUGAAAAUUACCACCGGAUCUUUGUCUCUGAAGGGCAUCCUGCAGCACCAGAGCCUAACGAACCAUUGAGGGUCAAUAUUCUGUUUCAGCAUAUACAGAAAAUGCUCACAUCAGACACUGCGGUUCUUGCUGAGACCGGGGAUUCCUGGUUCAAUUGCCAGAAGUUGAAACUUCCAGACGGUUGUGGGUAUGAAUUUCAAAUGCAGUAUGGUUCAAUCGGAUGGUCUGUCGGUGCACUUCUUGGCUAUGCCCAGUCUAUACCUGACAAAAGGGUCAUUGCUUGCAUCGGUGACGGCAGUUUCCAGGUAACAGCACAAGAUGUAUCAACAAUGAUAAGACACGAGCAAAAGAGCAUAAUAUUCCUGAUAAACAACGGAGGGUACACCAUCGAAGUUGAGAUCCAUGACGGGCCGUAUAAUGUGAUCAAGAACUGGAACUACACUGGUGUUGUGGAAGCCUUCAGCAACGGUGAAGGAAAACUAUGGACUGCUAAGGUAACAUGUGAAGAGGAGCUGGCAGAAGCAAUAGCAACAGCAACAGGAGAGAAAGAGGAUCAUUUGUGCUUCAUUGAAGUAAUUGUUCACAAGGAUGAUACCAGCAAAGAACUUCUUGAAUGGGGUUCAAGAGUCUGCUCAGCUAAUAGUCGGCCCCCUAAUCCUCAGUAAUUUUUAUGGUCAUAUUACAUAAGACUAAGAAUUUUGGUUUUGCUCGGGUGAAAUAGCUCAUUAUCAUAUUACUAUGGUUUAAUUGAGGAUAUUUUGGCGUUUCCAAAUCUUUACUUUAAAUGUGGUAUUCCUUAUCUAUGAUUUGUAUUGUUAAUUCUAGACAGGCCAAUGAGCAAAUUUGACCAGAAAAG